UACAGUAGGCCAUUAACGCGCCUGUAUAUGUCGUUACCAGCUACUUAUUUGCCCCAGUAUCUGUGCGCUAGAGAUGUCGACGAUACACGUUAUACUCAUCGUCGACAUCUCUAACGCACGGAUACUGGCGCACUAUCCGAAUUAUUAUUUGCUUAUGCUACUGUCUAUUUGUUCUUGCCGUUGGUCGGUGUCAGUAAAUGAUUGCCAAAGGGAAUUGUUGAAUCGUAUUAAAUAGCUUCUGCAUUUCGCUGAGCCAGCGUUUUUUUGGGAUAUGCUACCUGUGGCUUUGUGGUACGUUGGCAGCAGUUUUACUUAUACUCUGCUUUUCCUGGCCACAGUAAUAACCUACAGCGUGGUGAUAUAAAAUGUAUUAUAGCGCUGUAAUUGUAUGGAUAUUAACAUGUAGCCUUUCAGCGUACCCUGGACAUUUUGUAUAAUAUAAUAGUAAACACGGGAUAUCUCAUAGUAUCGGUUUAUAGAUAGAGAAGUAGGUUGCAGAUCUGCAGACAGCAUUUCGCAGAGGCAGACUUCGCGAUGAAGGACAUUUCGAGGGUUAUUGGUGUAGGGGUUACCGACCGAUCAUCAUCAAAAGCGACUGAACGAAGGAGGCCACGCGAGUCACAAUGCAAUGGAGCCCCAGAGAAUGACAUCUUCUUCCCUGAAAAUGUUUUCAUCUUGGAGGAGGAGACUGUGCAGGAGGCAGGUGGUACAUGCAAAUCCAUGUUAUUUCUAAGGCUAUUGUUUAUGUCAAGUAUAUGCAGUGAUUCUUGAAUAUAACUAUAGCCAAAUAGAUUCCUUAAUUGUUUUCUACCAAAAGGAAAGAACGGUUAGUACAGCAUGCCAAACUGACCCCUGGGUGCCAGAGUGUUCCUGUGCUGUGGUGGAGAAGAGAUCCACCGGGACCAUUACUAAAAGAGCUCAGGGCCCAGCUAGAUUGCGCUCACGACCAUCAGUAUACAAUCGAGUCCUGCCCCUAGUCGCCACAGAUGGAGCUGACGGAGAGUGAGAUCAGUGAAGACCAUAACUCGCUACAUCAACCUGAGAGCUCAGAAACACACUCAUCACAGUGCGAGCUAAAAUAUACUAUCGAUCACUCUGGGGGAGCGGGAUGGUGUUCCGAAAAUGGAGAAUGAGCAGGCCAUUCAACAGCGAAUUCAAAGAUACACCCAUCCAUAAAGGGAAUUGGAGUGGAAUUGUUUUUCCAAAUACUUUUUUUACCAGUUUCAAUGGAUGUGCUUCCUUGUCCUGGUUCUGCUGUUUCGACUCUCUCUUUCAACCUAUUAUUGCUCAGCUAUGAAAAGCCAACUGACAUUUGCUCAUGAGCUGUUGAACUGUUGCACCCUCUAUAACCACUGUGGUUAUUAUUUUGAUGUAAAAAGGGCUUUUGCCUAUAUAUUUGAUGUGCUGGAUGCUGUGUAUUCACUAACUGUCUGAGUGAUGGGAAAUGUUUAUAGUAUCUGUAACAUAUUUUGGUGUGUAUAUAAUGCAUUUUAACUUCUUUCACAAUGUUAUAUUAUUUAUUAACUGGCUAUGGCUUUCCAGAUUGCCCAACACUGCUAUUUGUAAGGUUAAUUUUAAGUGCAUGUUGUGAUUUCUUUAACCAUUCCUGAACCUGUGACCAGAAACAAGCUACAUAGGGGCAAUACCAGAAUAAGUAAUCUACUGAUUCAGUCUCUUCACAACCAAAUCUACAGAGUUGAGAUUUUUGUAUGCCCCAUACAUAUAGCAUUCUGUUGAUGGCAAUAAUUUUAUAUAAUCAUUUUAAUUGAUAAAAAGUGUCGUCAAGUGUGGUUGUUUGUACCAGUUCAUAAACCAUGUGCCAUGGAAUUGGUACAUUGAAAAUCUCCUCCAGUUUUUUUGUGCCAGCAUCGGUUUGUGAUGGUAAAUUGACGGCUACAAAAAAUAUAGAUGAAAAUGCUCUUGGUAGAUAGUGUGGUCUACAGCUUAUCAUGAGAUACUCUAGCUCAGGCAAGUAAUAUCUCAAGACUACCUUAAUAUUAGACAUCGCUCACCCCGACCCCUCGACUUACCGGACGAACCUGUUUUGUCCUGCAGAUGGACGGAAAACCCAGCCAACUGUAUAUUAUCCGUGUCGUUGUUCUGCCGUGAAACACAAGAUAUUACAGUUUUAAUGUCCCGUUGGUAGGACAGUCUUGAAUGGAGCUCAUCUAGUUUAUUCUCCAGUGAUUGCACAUUGGCCAAAAUAAUGAAUGGUUGAGGCGGGUUACCUACUUGCCGACACAUUCUCACAUUUUCCGCCCCCUGUAUUUCCAUAUUUUCUUCAUGUGAAUGACAGGGAAUUCGACCUUGUCUGGGACCAGCAUUAUAUUCCUCGCUUUAGACUCAUUAAAGAAAAAUUAUUUGUCCAGUUCGAGGUGAGUAUUCACUAUUCUGAUAUCCAGAAGUUAUUUUAGGUCAUAAGAGGCGGUAGCAUCAACAUUAUGAACAAAAUAAGUUACAAACAAUGCAAAAAAAGGAGCCCGUAAAUCGGCAGCCGUUUCCUCCAGUUCCAUUCCAAUCUAAGUAUUUCUAGUGUGUGUGUGUAUUUUUGAUGUAAAUUCUUAUAUGUGUGGUGUCUUUCUCUUUAGGUUCGGUACUGUAUGAAGACUUUGAGGAAACAGAUGGUCGCCAGACAAAAUAAUAACAACAAUAAGGUAGCUAAGCCACUCAAGGAGACAGGUCAGUGUGAUCUUCUACUUCAUCUCCCUGGCCACUACACCAAUGAGGCGGAGGACCUCAAGUUUGGACCAGUGGGCCACCAAUGUUCCACCUUCCUCAAACUCUAGUGCCAUGCUUUUGAUGACCAUUUUACCAAUGUCUAUGGAUUGUACAAGGAUUUUAUGUCGGGACUUCCAACUCCACACUAAAUCUAAUUCCAUCUCCUGUAUUGUUCUGCCCUCUCUAUAGAUUAUGCUAACGCCCCACUGUAAGAACCUGGAGAUUUUCACUGGUUCUGAGGGAGGUGACGUGGCCAUAAACAGUGCAUGGGACACCUUCCAGCACUACCUCUGUCUAGAAAACAGCCAGAGAGGGUGGUCAAGACAUCUGCCGUAACUUCAUCUUUAAUGUGUCAGCUCUGCUGUACCUGGGAGCUAAAUGUAUGGCACAGCACUGCCAACAGUCAUGUAUGCUUAAACAUACUAGUAUGCUCAUUUUAUCUGUUUUUUAAAGCGGCAUUCAGCAGUUGAAACAAUAAGAAGUAUACUCCCGCCUCUGUUUGAUAAAAAACUGAGGGAUGGGGCUGGAGAAAUGUAACCACUCUCAAAUUCAAAGACAGAGCUAUGGAUGCAAGAACCGAUCAUCACGCCUCCUAAAACACCAUUGGAGGAGACGACCCAAGGUUCCUCACCUUAGACCUCCUCCGAUGGGUUUCGAGAUGGAUGCAAGUGGAGAGGAAGUGAGGAGUUGAGCAGAGAUCAAUUGUGACAGAGCUCAUGUCAUCGUUUUAGUUGGAAUUUUAUGUUGAAGGAUACAUUCAUUCUGUUUGCACUUAUAUCUUGGUUGUACCUGUGCUCUUUCCACAGACGGCUCUGGCUUGCUGAUGUCAUCUGAUCUGAUGAGAUUCCCUAUGUGAUUUGACUCCUGUAUCACUGACUGUAUUAAAAAAGAAAAACAUCCAAUGACAAAUAUAAAUGAUUUGGGAUUCUGUAAUUGCUAGUCGAUGGUGUCAAAUCCAAUUCCAAAGCGUGAGAUGGCACGCGCGAGCAAACACUGAGUUAAGAGAGAAGAAGUGUGGUCCAGCGAGGAGAGGAUGGGUCCCCUGCACAGGCCAGUCAAGAGUGCAAUUUAAACUUGCAAGUGUGACUUUGAGCAAGCAAAACAUCAUUGUCACACAUAAAAAUACAUCUUAAACAGUACAUACUAUGUUCAUAAAUGUCUUAUUACUUGUAAGAGAGAGAAUGUUGCUCGCAUGUUGUUUGUCUGUUAGCCCAAGGCUUUGGAAUACAAGUGUGAAUCCUUAGCCCAGGGUUAAAUCAUAGUCCAGCCAGGGUUAACAAUGCUUGUGUGAACACAGGCUAAGCUAGCCCAGGUCGAGUCUAGCCUGGGGCUAAGAACAAUGCAGUGUGAAAAGGCCUUCAGAGGCUCAUCUCAAGCUCUUUCUAAUACUCAAAUGCAAACAAUCCAGCAUUGUCAGUAUUUGUUUCUGUUUUACUCCGCUAACUCCUUCACUCUGCCUCAGUUUCCAGCCAAUGUUUACAUAGUCACCCUGCCUACCAAACAAACAAUUGUCACCAAUCAUAACAUUGUUGGGACAGAGUCAUACACAAAUGUAAUACCAUAUUUGCAUGUCAACACCCUUUAACUUUCGUUAUCUAAAAUGUUGUGUUUUUGUUUUGCAUCAGUUUCACAUGAGUGCUUUUUAUAUAAAGAAAGUAUUAAAUUACUGUGGAGACAAUUUGAUGUGUCCACUCACCACAUCACUCUGUUCUGUGAAAAGACUGUAGUGAUACAGACCAAAUUUAUCGCGAGAUCUCGCACGCAACACACACACACCUUAGCACAACAUAUCCAAUUUCCCACCACAUUAUCUCAGGCUUAGUGCAGCACAUCAUAACGUCCUGUAAAAAGACACCAGACAUCCAUUACCUAGGUAGUGGGAAAAACAAUACAUUCUAAGGGAAUAAACAUCUACACAGACAGUAACUUAAGUCUAUGACCUGUCUGUGUGUGCUAGAGUCCUGUUACACUGGCCUCCAUUCUAAAAAGGUGUCAUGUUAAAGAAAACAAUACAUAUAUUGUUACAUAUAUGAUCUUCUACCGGGAAAAUCAGUGUGUAUUCAGCUGACAGACACAUGACAUUCACCUGACGCACCAACCUAUUUAGGUGACCUUUUACCCCAGGCAAUUACGGAAACACUUAUUUGCAAAUGGUAUGCAAAUAGUAUGUCAGCACCUAGCACUCUAUCUGUUUGUUUACUCUGUGUCCAGGUUCAUUGAGCUUGCUUUUUCUCUCUCGCACAUGUCAGGGAGAAUUCAGAGGGCUGUGCUAAGUAUGGGAGGUGAGCAAGCGCCUGAAUGCUCAACUGAAAGAGUCUGAGAAGAGACACCAGGAGGAAAUGACUGAAUGCAGGUCAGUGUUCACCAGAGGAUUUUGAGCGGCUGCUGGGGGCAUGGAGCUGGAGGGUGUUGUCCUGAAGGACAAAAUGGCCGACAGCGAGGCUGAACUGCUGCAGCUGAGAGCAGCCAAGGAGGGGGGGCAGGAGAAAAAGCAGAGAUCUGAGGAGCUAGAGAAGGAGCUGACUGUCCUGAAGGAGAAGAUCCAUCAUCUGGACGACAUGCUGAAGAGCCAGCAGAGGAAGGUCUGCCACAUGAUCCAACAGCUGCAGAACUCACGGACAGUGAUCCAGGAGAGAGAUCAAGUGAUCAGGGAUCCAGAGGAGAAGGUGAUUUUCUGGAAGCUGAGAACACAGAGAUGCGUGACCAGAUGGGAGUACUUCCUGGAGGGUCAGAAGCCCACCUCUCUGCCCACCAAAGAAUGGAAACCCAACCCCCAUCGUCUACAGUAAGCUGAUAAAACCUUCAACAAUGCAAGGCAACAAGUCACUUCCUUUAAUCAGUUAUUGAGGUCAAGGCUUGGGAGUGGGAGAGAGAAUAGUAUGUGAGUAGUCUGUCUACGAAUGUACAGUGUAUUCGGAAAGUAUUCCGACCACUGGACUUUUUCCAAAUUUUGUUACGUUACAGCCUUAUUCUAAAAUGUGUUAAAUUGUUUUAUUUCCUCAUCAAUCUACACACAAUACCUCAUAA